AUCAAUAAGUCCGCAGUCUAUGGUGUGGCGCGACUGUGCUCGCGCGUGUGUGUGUCUGUUCGUUUUUUAUUAUCUAGAUUACUAAUGCAAUUUUGUAACCAACCUCUUUUUACGUAACCAACGCGCUUGUAGCGUGUCCCGUGUAAAGAAAACCACUGCACUCGUCUAAACUCUAUCGUACGUCGUCGUCGACCGAUAUUUCGCGUUUUAGUAACGCCACCCGAAAUUGGUUAAACGUGUCACACCCAAAUCGGCCUUUAUUCGUUGAAAGUAAAAAAGACCGCAACUGUCGACUCGGCGUCUCGUCGCUGGACACCUUGUGACCACGUUACGUCGCGGUAAACCGUCGUAAUUGUACUACGAAUUUCCGCAACCAUGGCCGGAGGAGAGCUUAACGAUUUCCAUCAGAUACUCGCCAGCCUACUGAGCACUGACAACAACGUGCGACAAUCGGCCGAGGUAAUGGUUUAAAGUACCUAAUUGAUUCAGUAGUGUACACUAUACUGUCGGGAAAUCAUACGAUCUUGACCGUAAAGACUUAGGGUAUUGCAGUCUGCCAGUGUCAGUUCCUUUUUGUUUUUGGCAACUAAUUUUCUUGGACUUGUCUAUACGGUUCUGUUGUAAAGUUUACUGUGUAUUGAGUGUGUGUAUGGUUACAGUCUUCAGCAAAUAGCUACCUGUUGCCCGUGCUUCAAUUGAAUCUUGUAUCAAUAUAUACAUUUAAUAUAUUGUCCUAGUAUAACAUUAAAGUAUAAAUAAAUUGUAAUUUAUUUGCAGGAGACUUAUCAGGCGCUACCUUUGGAAACAAAAGUGUUGUACUUGUUCAACGCUGUGCAAAAUGAAAGUGGUGAUGUUGAUGAAAAACAUGUAGCAGCUGUUAUGUUGCGUCGACUAAUGGCUAAUGAUUUUAUAGAUUUUUUUCCCAGCGUAAUUAUUUAUUUUGCUUUUAUGAAAUUUAUUAAUUUGUUUAUAGAUAGGCCACUUAUCUAAUUGAUUAAUUAAUAUAGUUAACAGUUGAAAACCAAAAACAGUUUAAAAACAAUCUGUUGUUGUGUGUAAAUAACGAAAAAAAUGAUAUCUUACGUCGCCGCAUGUGUGAUGUUGCUUCAGAAGUUGCCAGGAAUCAGGUGGACGAUGACGGUAAUAACAGCUGGCCAGAAUUUUUGAGUUUUUUGUUCCAAAGUGCUAAUUCUCCUUCAAACGAAUUGAAAGAUUGUGCACUUAGAAUGUUCACGUUAGUAAUAAAUAUUUACGCAUAAAUUACUAAUACUAGGUUUUCACAAAAUUUUAUUGAAUUUUAGGAGUGUACCUGGAGUUUUUGGUAACCAACAGUCCAACUAUUUGGUUGUGAUAAAACAGAUGCUUCACCAGUCAUUAAACGUACCCGACUCAAAUGUAAAUUUAUCAGUAUUAAUGUGUUGUGUGUGAUUAUAUUAUUAUUUAUUAGCAAUUAAUGUUAAAGGUACAAAUACAAGCAGUUAAAGCAAUUUGUUCUUUCAUAUUAUACAACGAGAAAAUUGUGGAAAUUCAUAAACAAUUUAUGGAUCUAUUACCCGACAUGAUGAUAGUAAGAUUAAGAUUUAUUAAAAAAAAAAAGGUAUUUUAAAAUUAUUAUUUUGUCAACAGAUAAUAAAUAACAGUUUGGUUGCUGAAGAAGACGAUUCUCUGAUUAAGUUAUUAAUUGAUUUGGCAGAAAAUACACCCAAGUUUUUAAGAUCACAGUUGACUAAUAUAAUAGAAAUGUGUUUGAAGGUGAAUUAAAUUUGUUUGAUUAAUUAUUCAGAAUUAUAUAUUAAUUGAAAAAUAUUUAGUAUCUCAAAAAUGAAGAAGCUAAUGAAUCUUAUCGGCAAAUGUGCCUCGAAGUAGUUGUCACAUUUGCUGAAACGGCACCGGCAAUGAUGCGCAAAGAAUCAUCCAAGUAUAUUUCUCCGUUGGUUGUUCAGGUGUUAGAACUUAUGGCGUCUAUUGAAGACCAGGACGAUUGGUCUAGCGAAGAUGACCCAGAUGAUAGCGACCAAGAAAAGUAAUUACUUAUUAUUUUAGUUAAAUAAAUGUUGUAAAUGGUAUUUUUUUUUUUUAGUAUGAAUGUAAUGGCUGAAUCUGCACUGGAUAGACUGGCUUGUGGUCUUGGUGGUAAAACUGUGUUACCACAUAUAUUGAGUAAUGUGUCAACUAUGUUGUCUAAUCCUAAUUGGAAGUUCAGGUAUAAAAUAUAAUAUUCUAAUAUUAUGUUUCAAAAGUUGUAAAAAAUUAUAUUGCAUUGAUUAUAUUUAGACAUGCUGCUUUGAUGGCAAUAUCAGCCGUGGGUGAAGGAUGCCACAAACAAAUGCAACCAAUGUUACAAGAUAUUUUGGAUGGAAUUUUAAAUUUCUUGCAAGAUCCUGUUAGUAAUUAAAUAAUAAUUCUCAGUAAUACUUACAAAUAAUAUUUUCUUUGUAGAAUCCUAGGGUACGCUAUGCAGUGUGUAAUGCUAUUGGUCAAAUGGCGGCAGAUUUUGCUCCUACAUUCCAGAAAAAAUUCCAUGACAAAAUUGUACCGUCCAUAUUAUUGCUGCUUGAUGAUAAUUCAAAUCCUAGAGUUCAAGCACACGCAGGUAAAUUUUAAAUAAUAAAUUGGCUAUGAUUAGCCUGUGGUUAUUUAAUUUAAUUAUUAUAAUUGUUUAUGAUAAGAAUUUAGUAUAAUAACAUAUUCUUAACCCUUCAUUGGUAUAGAUGUUAGCGUUUCUCUAAUAUUAAAUUUAUUUUAGAAACUACUUGUCAAAUAAAAUUCAAUUUUUUUUUGAAAUUCAUGAGGACAUAAUAUUGUACUUAAAUAACAACAAAAACAUAAUGUAAACAUCUGUGAGUAUUACGAGCAGUGAAAUUCUUCAUUUCCGAUUAUGUCAGCGUCCUGUUCUCACGAUACGUGUCAUAAUUUUUUCAUUUUUAUUUUUUUUACAAAAUUGACAAAAACUGUCAUUACCAAGUAUUUAUUUAUUUUAAAUAUAAUAUUUUUGUUGAUCAAUAGUAUGGUGGUUUUAUUAUUAUACCAUAAUUUUAAAGGUCAGUUGUUUUUUAUGUGGUGUGUAUGUAUGUAAAGAAUAUACUUCUACUUGUCCAAUAUGUCAUACCGCAAAAAUAAACUUGGACAAUUUGAAUGAUAAAUUAUAAUUUUCAAUUCUUUUUUUAUAAUUUGUAUUAUUAUAACAGGUUUUUUAUAGUAUAAUUGUUUACUAAAAAACCGACAAUGUUAGGGUGUUGCCAAUUAUAUUUCAUGUAAAAUUAAUAAUUAUUUUAAUACCAAUUUCAAUUAUAAAGUAUCAUAAAUAAUUUGAAAAAGAAAAAAAAUGUAUUUUAAAAAUUAAUUUUUAUUUAAAAAAAUAUUAUGAUGAUAAAUAAUGAUAAUAACAAUUAUAAUGUGUAGUUAAUUGUAUGAUGAGUUAAUAAUAGUUUUAGAGUAAGGGUCUUCAGUUCGCGGCCUACCUUGUCAUUAUUUGCGGCCCGCGAUUACAUUUGAAAUAUAGCAUAUCUUUUCUAUUUUUGAUAAAAUUGGAACAGUCAUAAGCUAACAAAAUAAUUUGGUAAUAUGCGAAAAGAUAAAUUAAAUUAUUUACUCUUUUUGGUAGUAUUUAAACUUGUGAGCAUAUAUUUUCACAAAUGAAAAUUAUUAAAUUAAAAACUAGAGUUCGGUUUCGCAUUGUCUCAGAUCCAACCAAAUGUAGAAAAAUUAGUUUGUGAAAAAUAAUGUCAGAAAUCAGUUAUUACACUAAAUUUAAAAUAAAUAAUUUGUAAUUCAAAAUUAAAAUUUUUUGUUCUAUAUAUGUUUUAAUAAUAAUAAAAUUGAAUUUUGUAUAAAUACAUUUGUUUACUACAAAUGCGGUCUGCAAGAUGAAUAGAAAAUAAUAUGUGGCCCGCUAAAUUAAAAGGUUGAAGAUGACCCCUGUUCUAUAUUCUAUUCUAAAAAUGCUGGAAUAAAUCGUGCAGGCAGGUGCGCUGUCAUUGGCUAUAGUUAUUGUCACCCGUCAUUUUUUUCGUGAUUGGUCGGUGGCCGGGGCUCACCGGCGUUUAUUAGGAUGGUUAUAAUUACAAUGGUUUGAGCAUAAUAUGUAUAAUAUUUUCGCGGAGUAGAAUGUUGUAAGUAGCUCCUAUUUACGUGGAGUGUUAUGAAAAUUUGAUCAGGUUGUAUACAACUGGAUCGUCGCCGGCAGAUCACGUAACAUACCUGAGUGAAACUGGACAUGGUUUUGUCAUACAUUUUUCUAGACUUAUUUGGAAUAGAUUAUAGAGCAAUAUAUUUUAUACUGGGUGUAACAUGAAGAUCUAACACCUGAAUCAUAUGUUCUGUUUAAUAUUUUAAAAUUUUUUUUCUUCUAAUAAUUUCUAGAACCAUGCUCUAUGAUCAUUUAUUUUUAAUUAAAAAAAAAUAUUGAAUUUUUUACAAUAUUUCAUAGAAGUUAUGUAUGUACAUUUUUUCAAUUGACAAUGUUUUGAAUAUGAGAUUAUUGAGUUACUGAUUAUCAAAAUAAUUCAAUUUAUUGAUACAAUUUAUUUUGUGUGAAACAUUUUAUUUUAAUGAUUGAUGAGGCAGGUACACUAUUGAAAACGAGUAUGUACAAAAUCAGUUUUUUAUUACAAAUAAUAAUAAAAGUCCAUUAAGAUUGAGCAAAAAAAACUUUAAAUAAUAUGCGGUGAUUAUAAUAAUAUGAGUACAGAAGAUUAUUUAUGAAGGUUUGCGGAUAAUUUUCAUAUAUACAUUUGUAUUUUCAGUUUUGUAAUAUAUUAAAUUUUAAAUAAUUAUUGUCUAUAAGUACUAAUUAGUAAUUGAUUUAAUUUUUUAACUACUGGAUGUUGAUUUCAAUGCAAUUAGCAAUAUAAGAACAUGAUGUAAUGUGUAUAAAUAUAUAAUCUAAUAUUUGUUUUAGUUUUUAAAUAAUUAUCAGCCCGAAAAAUUGGCUUGAUAUCCAUACAAUUUUGGCGUUACAAAUAUUUACUAAUGAUGAAUCGUUUAGUUUCUAAAUUUUGUUGAAGUUUACUAAAAUUAUUAAUGCAGUUAUUAUUUAUGAUCCAAUAGGCAAAUUGAUUGAUAUUAUGUAGUAGUGGAAAUUGACACAGUUUAAGUUAUUGUAAACUUCAAAAAAAUUUAAAAAAAUUAACAAUUCAUUAUUAGUAAAUAUAAUUAUACAUAAACAUUUUAUUUCAAAAUAUAUUUAUAAAGUGACUAUAUUGGUUUUUGGAAACAUAAAUUUUUAGUCGGGGUUGGUCAAAAUCAUUUAUUAUAUUAUUAUUUAUAUUAAAGUUGUAUACAAAAUGUACACUUUAAACUAAGUUUUAAUUUUUAUUACCAUUAGUUGAUAUAAACAAGAUUUGAUAUAUAAUUAUACAUCUAUUUAUUAGUAUUAUGUAUUAUAUAUAUAUAUAUAUAUAUAUAGUUUAAUAGAUUUAUGAUCAUUGAAAAUAUUAAAAUAUAUAUUACAUUAUGUCUAAUGGACAUGAAUUUAAUAUAAUUACUAAACGUAUUUUUUUCUCAUUCAAUUAAAACAUAAAAAUAAAUUAUUAUUAAUCAUUAUCAUUAUGAAUAUAUUUUUUUUGUUAUAUUUUAAUUAAAAUGUUUUAAUUGUUUUAUUAUAAUAGGUGCGGCUCUUGUAAACUUUUGUGAAGAUUGUCCGAAAAGAACACUGUUAUCUUAUAUGGAUCAAAUGAUGAUAAAACUUGAGAACAUAUUGCAAGCUCGUAUUGCUGAUCUUAUGGCAGGCGGUAGUAGAAAACUUGUACUGGAACAAAUAGUGACUACCAUUGCAUCAGUUGCAGAUACUUGUGAAGGAAGUUUUGUCAAAUUUUAUGAUCAUCUAAUGCCUUGUCUGAAACAAAUUAUUUCCAAUGCUGUUUCUCCAGAGUUAAAGUUGUUAAGAGGCAAAACAAUAGAAUGUGUUAGCCUUAUUGGAUUAGCAGUUGGUUCAGAUAAAGUAAAAAUAAUUAAUCAUACUUGAUUAUUAUUUAGUUUGGUUUAAAUUUAAUGUGUUCAUUGUUGUGUUUAGUUUUUGGCAGAUGCUAGUGAAGUUAUGGAUUUAAUGUUAGCGACACAUAACAAAGAUGAGAAACUAGCAGAAGAUGAUCCACAAACUUCAUAUUUGAUAUCGUCAUGGGCUCGAAUGUGUAAAAUUAUGGGUACGUUUCACUAACACAAAUAUGUAUUAUAGUGGUAGUUAGUUAUAAAAGAUACAUUUUUUUCUUAAAAUAGUUUAAUAGAGACCUCUCCAGUUUUGCUCUUUUUCUUGUAAAAGUAACAUAUAUACAAUUUGGUUGUUAAUUAAUAUUAUGACGUGCCUCAAAAGGGUUGAAUAUUUGAACUUUGGGUGUAGUUUUUCAGUUUUUCUAUAUAUUAUAUCAAAAAUGAUUAUUAUAUUUAUAAUAAAAGUAUAUACUACCAUAAACAACUUUAUUACAAAUAUUCUCUCAAAUCUAUUACUUAACAAGAAAAAUAACAAUGAAAAUGUGCUUCUUUACUGACCAUUAUUGUAUCUGAAUUGUUGACAUUACGACUAAGUUUUAUGUAGUUUUAUGUUUAUAAUGCCAAGUACAAGAAAAUUACAAAACAUUAGCAGUUUAUUUUACUUAUUUAUUACAUGAAGGUAACAAACAUAUGAUUUCAAUAACUACGAGUACUAUGUAUUUUUAAAUUCUGCAAGUAAUCUUAGUUAAUAGAAUAUUUUUUCUAGAAAAUUUAAUUUAAAAUGCCUUUUAUAUAAGACUAAUAGUCAUAAAGUUAACCCACUAAUAAAUAUAAUAGAAGAUAAUCAUUACACAACAAUAAUGGUCAGUAAAGCACAUAUUACUUUCAUUGUUAAUUUUCUUGUCAAGUAUUAGAUUUGAGGGAAUAUUUGUAAUAUAGUUCUUUUUUCUUAUGGAAAAUCUAAUUAUUAAUAAUAUUAGUAGUUUACACUUUUAUUGUAAGUAUAAUAAUUUUUGAGAUACAUAGAAAAGGCCCUCAAAUUAAAAUAUUCAACCCUUUUGUGACAUGUAUCAAUGUUAAUCAAUUGUGAUCAAAUUUUACACAUGUUGUUUUACAAGAGAAAUAAAUAAAUUUGAGAUUUCUGCAUCAAAUUGUUGAAUUUCAAAAAUAACAACCACUCAUUAAUGUGCAUAUUUUUAAUAUGGUUUUAUAGGAAAACAAUUUGAACAGUAUCUUCCUUUGGUGAUUGGUCCUGUUUUGAAUGCUGCUUCCAUGAGACCUGAAGUUGCACUUGUGGAUAAUGAUGAGAUGGGCACCAUGCCAGAAGCUAGUGAUUGGCAGUUUGUGCCACUAGGAGAACAACAGAAUUUUGGUAUUAAAACUGCAGGUCUUGAAGAUAAGGCAUCUGCUUGUGAAAUGCUCGUUUGUUAUGCACGCGAAUUGAAAACUGGGUUUGCUCCUUAUGCUGAAGAUGUUGUAAAACUAAUGGUGCCAUUGUUAAAAUUCUAUUUCCAUGACAAUGUUCGAAUAGCUGCUGCCCAGAGUUUGCCUUGUCUUUUGGAGUGUGCAGAAACUAGAGGUAUGCAAUAAUUACAAGUUAUAUUUUUAUUAAGUUUCAAUUAUUUAGUUAUGUAUUUUUGAAAAAUUAUUAUUAAAAAAAAAAAAAAAUUCUGAAAUGUAAUUUCUUGUAAUUUUGUACUUAACUCGUGACCAAUCACACGGGUUUAUAAUUUAUCCUAUUCAUACAUAACAUGAGUGUAAAAAUUGUUAUCAUAUUUUUAUCGUUCAGUACCUUCUGAUAACACGUAAUAAUGUUACAUGUAUUACAACAGGUUUAUUUCUAACUGGGGUAAAUUUUUAUCGAGUACGAGUAUUAAUAGCUUUAGAAACCGCGCAAGUGGUCAUGAGUUACUAACCAUAAAAGGUAUACAAUAAUUUAGAUAUUAUAUUUUUAGUUUUUAUAUAAAAUACUUGUUUAUAUGUGUAUUUUUAACAGAAUAACUCAUGAGCAUCUGAAUGUAUUAAUAUUAAAUGCAAUAACAAAUAUUAUGUUCUUUUCCAUAGUUAAUGAUUAUUAUGUAUUUUUGUAAAUACUUAAUGGAUUUAGUUUUAAACUUGAUAAUCAGCAGUCUUUAGUAUAUUAUUAAAAUUAUUUAUUUGGCAAUUAUAGGAGCAGAGUAUUUGCAACAUAUGUGGACUUAUAUUUGUCCUGAACUUUUGGGAGCUAUUGAUGCUGAACCAGAAUCAGAUGUUGCUGCUGAGAUGUAUGAAGCAUUAGGAAAAGUAAAUAAUAUAAAAAAAAAAAAUUGCACAAUUGUUAACUAUUAAUUAUAAUUUUUAGUGCAUAGAGUUAUUAGGAACAGGUUCCUUAUCAGACAGAUGGAUGAGAGAUUUAUUGCUGAUUUUAGAAAAGAAUUUAAAUAAACACUUUGAAAAUGAAAUUGUACGUUUUGAGAGACGCACGGAUGAAGAUUAUGACGAGGUAUGUAUUCACAUAAAUCAUCAUUUUCAUAAUUUUAAAAUGUUAAUAUUUUUAGAUUGUCGAGGAAAAAUUAGCUAUGGAAGAUACUGAUGAUGUUUACAAGUUGAGCAAAAUGACUGACAUUUUACAUGCACUGUUUAUUACUUAUAAAACAGAUUUCUUUCAGUAUUUUGAUCUUAUUGUGCAUCAAUUUGCUAAACUUUUGGUAAAAUAUUAGUUUUUACUAUAUAUUUACUUAGUUUAUUUUUUUUGUUUGUUCUAAAUUACAUAAUUUAUAAUAGGAGACUAAUAAGAGUUCAUCCGAUCAUCAGUGGGGUCUUUGUGUUUUCGAUGAUCUGAUUGAAUUUUGUGGACCUGGUUGCGCGAAAUAUCAAGAAUUUUUCUUACAACCAAUGGUUGGGUAUGUUACGGACUAUAACAGUGAAGUUCGCCAGGCAGCUAUUUAUGGUUGUGGAGUGUUAGGCAUGUGCGGAGGACCUAGUUUUGCUGGUGUUUGUGCUGAAAUUAUGCCUUUCCUUUUACAAGUGAUUAAUAGUCCCGAAGCUCGUCAUUCUGACAACAUAAGUGCUACUGAAAAUGCUGUGUCAGCUAUUGCUAAAAUAUUAGAGUAUAACAGUACAGCUGUUAAUGUUGACGAAAUUUUACCACACUGGUAUUAAAAGUUAUUUCUUUAAAUUUAUGUUAUGUUAUUUCUCUAUGUUAUAUUGUUUUUAGGCUCUGCAAUUUACCAGUUUCUGAAGAUGUAGAUGAAGCACCUUUUGUUUAUGGUUACCUUUGCAAGCUUAUUGAGAACCACCAUCCCAUAGUAUUGGGGGCUAACAAUUCUAAUAUUCCUAGUUUGAUACGGAUUAUUACAGAAGCGUUUUUCAGAGAUGCAAUAGAUAGAAAACAUUCUGUUGCCCAGCGAAUGAUCAUGAUUGCCAGACAAAUACAGGUAAUUAUAAAGUAUUAUGAGAAUUAACACAUCGAAGGACACAUUUUAUUUAUAUGGUAUAAAGAUGUAGCAAUAACAUUGUUUUUUCAAUUUUGAUAGCCAAAUACUCAUAGCAAAUUUAUCUUUUAAGCUUUAACAUUAAUUAAUGAUAUUAAUAAUUAAUUAUUAAGUAUUUGAAUGUUCAAUUAUUGAAUUAAAUUUUAAACACUAGUGCUGAUAAUAUAUCAUCCAUAUCAGUGGUAUCAAUAUUUCAACAAUAUUUUGGUCUUUCAUUUAAUUAAAUUUAUUAUAUUCUAUUAUGAAAUUAUUUUUUUUGUUACAUGGAUUAAUUUUUAUUUUUGAAUUUAUCUCUAUUUUAAAAGUAAAAGCAGGGAAAUAUUUUACAAUUCUGUAUGUUUUUAGAUUCAUGCGUAGCGAGGGAGCUAUUGGUUUUACUAAGAUAUUAAUUUUUUUUUUCUUCUAAUCUGUGAACAAAUUUUUUCUUAGUAAACUUGCUCUGAUUUUUACAUGUAGCAAAUUUUCUGAAUGCUAAAGUUGUCUAGAUUGUACUUUAGAGGUCAUUUUUUUGAUUUUCGAUGUUACUUUUAAAUUAAAGUGGGAAAAAAUGUAAGAAAACGAUUUCAUUAUUUUAAAAAAACACAGGCGUCAUUUUCUACCAGAAAAAAAAAAAUUGAUCGAAAAAUCACAAUACCUUUUUUUGAUUUACUUUCUUACGAUAUCAUCUUCAAAACUUCAUCUAUUAAAGAGUUUUAACUUUUGGAAGUUUUUUUGUUGUAAUUCAGUUAUAAAUACAUGCAGAGACUUGAAACUUGGUAAUAAUACUUAUAUUGGACUUACUUAGAGGUAGUAAAUUUCCAUAAUGAUCAGAACACCUUUUUUUUUUAAAAGCGUUUUGAAAUAAUAUUUAAAUGAAAAUCUCAAAAAAAAAUUAUGGCACUUCAAAUUAUGUAUUACCAAACUACCCUAGGAAUUGUUUUUUGUCAAGCAAUGGUUUAUCGUUGCUUAUAGAAAUAAAUGAAAUAACCUUAUGUAUGCUACCUUCUCAACUUCUCACCUGCAACAGUGGACGCUCCCAUCCCUAGUAUCAGCUUUAUUUACUGUUUUGUGUCUUUUAAAGUUUUAUAAUCAUAUUGAAAAUCAAAAAAAAAAAAAAAAUGGGCUACAUAUUGCCACCCUGAGUAUUUAAACAAUUAGCCCAAUAUAUAUUUUAAAAGUGCAUUAUAUUUAAUAAUUUGGUUAGUAUAGAUAUUUGAUAGUAUUAAAACAUUAAAAGUGUUCUAAAUACUAAUUAUAUAAAAAUAACUACUUUUUAAUUUAUAAAUAAUUAAAAUGAUUAAUUUUCAGUUCAUUAAAUAUUUUUAAAUUAUUAUAAAGAGCAUUUUAUUGAUGUGUUAAAAACUUAUAAAUUGAAUUACUUUUUAUUCAAUAAAAAAAUAAUUGCCUUGUACGUACAAUAAAUUGUUUUAUUAGCCCCAGAAAUUAAUUGUACUUGUAGCCUAGUUAAAAAGAAAAAAACCAAUGGAAAUUUAUUAUUUCAUUAUUAUUAUUAAUAUAUAUUGUUAUAUUUUAUUUUAUGAGCCAACUUGAACAAUAAUAUUUUUUAUUCUUAUAAGUAAAUUGUUAACAACCUUUUUCUCAAAUUCGUUAAUAUUUAAUAUCUAUUACUAGACACAGUAGAAUAUUUUAUGGUUGAUCAAAAUUUCAUCAUACAUAAUAUAAAUAUGUUCAAUUUUGUUCUCGUAAUAGUGGCAAAAAUAAUUUGUAUUUUAAUGAUUACAGUCGAACGAGGAAGUAUUUAAUGCAUGUUUGGCUGUAUUGAACCCGGAACAGAUAAAAACGCUACAAAGUAUCUUGGCAGUUGAUAAUUAAGUUAAAUAUUCGACCACUAAUCAUUUAUUAUUAUUAUUGUGACAGACUUUUGAAUCCUACCUUAACCCUUUGCUUGUAAUAUUAUUAUUAUUUCAUCAUAAUUUGUUAUUUUUUGUUAUAUUAUAACAAAAUAGUUAGAAUAAACUAUGAAUUAAAAAAAUGACUUACUAAUGUAAUAGUUAUAAAAUUCAAAAUACAAGUUAUGUUAUUACGUGAAAUUUAAUCUUAUGUACCCUACUACAUGCUUUUGUAGUAUACAUUUUUUUUUUUAAAUCUUUA